UAUUUCAAUUUCGUGUUUAUGCACAAUUUUAUUAUUUUGAUAAUCUCUUUUAUUAACAACCAAAUCAACGAAUACCAACAACUUUUUAUAUUUAAUUGACAACGAAAAAUUGUGUUGAAUCAUCAGAGAUUCAGAACUGGCGAGGCGGUUCGGCUCGGAGUUGACAGCGACUGCGAGUUUCUUUCCUGGUCUCUAGCAGUGGCAGGCUUUCAUUUAUUAUUUUCAGUGUUCAGUCUCAGUUACUUAUUUCGCUCGCAAUGGCUUGGUCGUGGUUACUGAAUCGUUGUACCUUCACAUAAUCUGUUGAUUCAUUGUACAUAUAUAAAUUUAGUUAUAGAUAGUGCAAUUAUUGUUUAUUUUUCUUUGUUUAAUUUUAAAUGCUGUUUUACUAAUAAGUUUCAAAUAGUACCUACAUAUAACUACUUAUAUUUUUAAUAUUUGCCUCAAAAAUGAAUUCCGAUGAGGAACGUUUGGUUGUCAGUGGAUAUUCUGAGCAGGUAGCAGCUCUUGAUCCAUCUAUUCCAAAUGUAUCAAGUGCCAUCACUGCAACAGAUCCAGGUCCAUUAGAAAAUGUAGAUAGAAGUACAAAAAAGCGAUGGUUUAUAUUGGAACCAGCUGUAUUGUUGCUAUUUUUUGCCAUGAGUCUGUCGUCUGCUGUUUAUCAAAAUCAGGUGCUCUAUCAAACAUGUAUCAUAGUUUUCAAAUACAACGAAUCAAGUUGUACUCCAUUGUUGGGUAUUAAAAAAGAGGAUCCAUCACCAGAGUCGAAGAAAAUAGAAGAAAACGUUCAAGAAUAUGUGACGAACAUACUUAUGGCUCAAUCUAUUCUAGAGAGCGUCAUACCAGCGUUUAUAAGCUUUUUCUUAGGUCCAUGGUCAGAUAAAUUUGGUCGGCGACCUGUCAUUAUUCUAACUUACACUGGAUAUACUAUUUCCUAUAUCAUAAUGGGAUUAUUAACAUUAAUUUCUGAGCACACACAAUUUAGUCCAUGGUUCUACCUCAUAUCAUCGCUUCCUUCUGUUUUCUUUGGAGGAACUUGUGCGUUGAUUACAGUUAUAUAUUGUUACAUAUCUGACGUGGCUGUUUCAAAAGCUAGAGAUCUUCGAAUGGUUCUUAACGAAGCUUCAAUUUUAAUUGGAAUAACAACUGGUUCCGUUGCCAGUAGUUUCAUUUAUGAAGCAACAAAUGUUUUAACAGUUUUUGCUAUCAGCUGUGGCUUCAUGGUUCUUGCCCUUUUGUAUGUUAUAUUGUUUGUUCCUGAGAGUCUACGACCGGAUCAAAUUUCUACUGAAUCCAGAAUAAGAGGUUUCUUCAGAUGGGACUUGGCUGCAGAUCUAUUUAAGACUUGUUGCGAACGUAGACCAAAAUAUGAUCGUGCAAUAAUUUGGCUUAUUAUGCUUAUACUCACAUUAUCAAUUGGAACUAUGCAGGGUGAAUCUUCUGUAACGUAUCUUUUUGUGAGAGAACGUUUUGAAUGGACUCUGGAAGAUUUUAACCUAUUCAAUGCAGCUAGAAUUAUUGUUCAAAUUGGAGGAAGUGUUUUAGCAAUGAUCGUUUUAAGAAAAUAUUUUGGUGUUUCAAUUGUUGCAAUGGGUCUACUUGCCUUAGGUUGCAGUGUCUUAGAGUCAACGGCUCGUGCUACAGCAUUAUACUCAUGGCAUAUGUACUUUGGCAUGAUAGUAGGAUCAUUGAGAGGAGUCACGGGGCCAAUGUGCCGGGCAAUUUUAUCGCAUGUUACACCCGCUGCUGAUCUUGGUAAAAUAUUUGCGUUGACAACAUCAUUGGAAAUGAUCUCACCAAUUGCAUCUGGACCAUUAUACAAUCUUGUCUAUCGUGCAACUUUGGUGAAUAAUCCAGGAGCGUUUAAUUUUAUAAGCAGUGCAGUUUAUAUGAUUUGUUAUAUUUUAAUGGCAUUUGUUUAUGGAAUUCAAAAAUCGUUUGCUAAUUCUUCAUACAAGGAAAUCGGAAGUUAGAAGUUUUUUGAAAGUUCAAAGUGCAAUUAUUUUCAAAUGAAUAUUAUUUGUAUUCAACUAACUUAACACAAUAGCCUUGAAGGCAGUGAUAUUUGAAGUAAACUUUUAUAAAAAUGUAUUAAGUUUUGCCAAAGUAGAAAUGUUUUUGAAUAAAAAUGUUCAAUUUUAUUUUUUUAAAAAAA